AUGACAAUACGGAAUUCCAACAACCUUCUCUUCCAACUUUCUAAGCUCAUGUCCUUCGGUCAAGUGGGAGCAAGUUGGCCGAAACUCUCCUCCUUCUCACUGCCAAGAGAAUUCUAUUCAGAGCCCCAUCUUCCUUCGCCAUCGCCUUCACUAUCGCCCUCGCCCUCGCCCUCGCCGGACUCCGAAUUCUCCAGCGGCGCUCGCUCCCGUUUAAGGCGCAAACUCUCAGCGCAGCUUUGCAGCCGUUUCUGUACUGGCGUGCCCCCCCUUCGAGGGCCCGAGACGGCGGAUUGGGUUGUCUGGUGGCUAACAGCUUGA